AUGACGGUCAUGGCUAAAAUAGAACAUUGGGGUGAUAUGGUUCCAACUGAAAUAAAGGUAAUGGCUGACAAAAGAUCUAUUGAUUUGUACCUCAAAUUACUUGAGUCAGGCUCUGAGAAAAAGAGAGACAUACGUUUAGUAGUUGUUGGGAAAAAAGGUGCUGGAAAGACAUCAUUGAUUAGAAGAUUGUUUGGUGAAGACAUCAUAGAUGUAACAAGUACAAAUGGAAUAGAAAUCCACACAAUAAAAUGCAAAGCCAUGACUGAUGAUGGAAUAUGGAAUAAAUUAGAUGUUUAUGAAGAUUUGGUAGCUAAUGCUGUUUUGACAUGUGAAGACAUGGAUACAAAAUGUGUCAUGUUUGCCCAUGAGACAGCUUUCCAACAAAGACCAAAGGAUGAGGGAACUAAUAAAAAAACUGAAAUUCAUGCAAGACUCUUGAAACAAUACAAAGAAACAAUUGAAGCAACAGUGGAAGAAGGAGCACAUGAAGCUGUCAAGGAAAACACUGGCAUAACCAUUCUGUACAACCGUAUUGAGGAAUCAAAAGAAUCAGAGACAGUAACCCAGCAGCCUAAUAAAAGGAAACAUCAAGUAACUACUGAAUCUCAAGUUGAACUUCCAGUAACCUCGCAGCAACGAAAUCAAGCAUUAGAACAGGCAAAAAUGGAUAUUGAAACCAUGCUUAAAUCUAAUGUUGAUUUCCAUGACAAAGAGGAGUAUGCCACAUUAUUGUUAUGGGAUUUUGCAGGAGAUGAAGAAUUUUACCACACCCAUCAAACUUUUUUGUCCUCAGAUGCAAUUUAUCUUGUUGUAACAAAACUCAAUGAAGCUGACGACAAAAAAGCACAAGAUUUAUUCCAAUUAUGGAUGGACUCAAUACAUUGCUACAGUAGACUGGAAGAGGACAACAGUAGUCCUGAUGACAGCAAGACAACAUCAGAUGAUCUUGAUCCACCAGUAGUUAUUAUUGGCACUUGGAAAGAUGCUGUAACUUCAGAUGAAGAAGAGAUAGAAGAUGCAUGCAGGAAAAAACUGUUUACAUAUACUGAAAAAAUGACAAAAGAUGAACGUGGACAUAUAAGGUGUGACUACUUAAUUUCUAAUACAGAGGAUAAUAACAAUGUAUUCCAGCAAAUACGACAAGAUAUUGUGAACUUAGCCAGAACAAUGAGAACAUGGAACAUAAAUUAUCCCUUAAAAUUCAUUCAGCUCGAACAAAGACUUCAAGAGAAGAAGAAGGAGUUACCAAUUAUUUCCUAUCAAGAAAUAAGGGUUAUCUCUUCUGAAACGCCGAACCCAUUGAAUGACAAGGAACUCAUGUUGUAUUUGUUAUUUCACCAUGAAAUCAGAGCUCUGGUUUAUUUUAAGGAUCUUCCAGAUUUUAUUAUUUUAGAUACACAAUGGUUGUCUGAUGCUUUUAAAUGUAUAAUAACAGCAGAGAAAUUUCGAGCUCGUAGCAUAAAGCAUCAAGAAGAAUGGAAGGAAUUUCUCUGUAAAGGGAAAUUACAUUGGGAAGUUGUAGAAGAUAUAUUCAAAAAAGAACAAAACAUUUUGUACAAACACAAAGAUCAUGUACUGAAUGUCAUGGAUAAGUUUGAUAUAAUCAUACGUCCAAAUAUAUCAGAGAGAGACACUGCUGAUAACAAACCUUGCUAUUAUGUACCUUGCAUGAUUAAAGAAGAACCUGAGUGUGACAUAUAUGAAAUGUUUAAUGUGACAGAAGGUAUCUGUAAAAAAUCCACAUGGUUAUGUUUCAUGUUCAGGUUUCUACCACCACCUCUAAUAAAUCAUUUGAUUGCUGCACUGUCCAGAAAAUAUAAAGUUGCACAGGUUGCCGCUAAGCAACAGAAAAAGCAUAUUGCUCUUUUCAGAGGUUCUGCUGUCUUUGAGUUACAGAAGACAAAAAAAUUAAGAAAAUUGCUUGUAAUGAAAUGUUCAAAUGUUAUUCAAAUUCAGGUUUGGCAGUUUGGGAAACAUAUCAAAAAAGGUUUGUACAAAUACAUUGCUGACUAUGUGACCGAUGAAAUGACAAAGUUAAUAAGCACAAGAUUUAAGAUGUCCAAUGUAAAAUUUGAGAAAAAGUGGGAAUGUGGACAAACAAAACCAGAGUUUGUUACAGGAUCGAAUAACUUUAGUGACGAGGAGGAUACAAUAUAUUACUGUGAGACCUGUACAACUACACACGAGUUUACAGAUGAAUGGUCUGAUCUACAACAUAGAAUAACUUAUUUCACCAACGAGGAAAUAAAUUUUACAAAGAUGGGGAUGGUUGCUCUGAAUAUUCUUACUGAUGUUUUAUACGACCUUUUAAAACCAGAUAAACAACAUCUACGUCCAAGGAGUGAUUGUGAUAUAACAUACUUGUACAGUGAGCACAGGAGACUAAACAAACAUAUUCCAACUAAUGGAUGGGGAGGGGUAUGGAACGCUCUUAAAGUUACAGACAUAGCUAUUGGAGAUGAUAUUGAGCGCAUAAGACUAACAAGGAAUGAUCUACAACACUCAGGGGAAUUUGAACUUGGAGAUACACGUUUUAAUGAGUUGUGUAACAUAUUAAGUGAUCUUUUAAAACGGUUUGAUCAAUGUAACAAACCAGCAAGGCUUUAUACAGAUCACCUGAAUGCAAUUUUAACUAAAACCAUUUCUGCCGAGGAAGUUGAUGAAAUAUUAGAUUUAUUCCAAUUAUGGAUGGACUCAAUACAUUGCUACAGUAGACUGGAAGAGGACAACAGUAGUCCUGAUGACAGCAAGACAACAUCAGAUGAUCUUGAUCCACCAGUAGUUAUUAUUGGCACUUGGAAAGAUGCUGUAACUUCAGAUGAAGAAGAGAUAGAAGAUGCAUGCAGGAAAAAACUGUUUACAUAUACUGAAAAAAUGACAAAAGAUGAACGUGGACAUAUAAGGUGUGACUACUUAAUUUCUAAUACAGAGGAUAAUAACAAUGUAUUCCAGCAAAUACGACAAGAUAUUGUGAACUUAGCCAGAACAAUGAGAACAUGGAACAUAAAUUAUCCCUUAAAAUUCAUUCAGCUCGAACAAAGACUUCAAGAGAAGAAGAAGGAGUUACCAAUUAUUUCCUAUCAAGAAAUAAGGGUUAUCUCUUCUGAAACGCCGAACCCAUUGAAUGACAAGGAACUCAUGUUGUAUUUGUUAUUUCACCAUGAAAUCAGAGCUCUGGUUUAUUUUAAGGAUCUUCCAGAUUUUAUUAUUUUAGAUACACAAUGGUUGUCUGAUGCUUUUAAAUGUAUAAUAACAGCAGAGAAAUUUCGAGCUCGUAGCAUAAAGCAUCAAGAAGAAUGGAAGGAAUUUCUCUGUAAAGGGAAAUUACAUUGGGAAGUUGUAGAAGAUAUAUUCAAAAAAGAACAAAACAUUUUGUACAAACACAAAGAUCAUGUACUGAAUGUCAUGGAUAAGUUUGAUAUAAUCAUACGUCCAAAUAUAUCAGAGAGAGACACUGCUGAUAACAAACCUUGCUAUUAUGUACCUUGCAUGAUUAAAGAAGAACCUGAGUGUGACAUAUAUGAAAUGUUUAAUGUGACAGAAGGUAUCUGUAAAAAAUCCACAUGGUUAUGUUUCAUGUUCAGGUUUCUACCACCACCUCUAAUAAAUCAUUUGAUUGCUGCACUGUCCAGAAAAUAUAAAGUUGCACAGGUUGCCGCUAAGCAACAGAAAAAGCAUAUUGCUCUUUUCAGAGGUUCUGCUGUCUUUGAGUUACAGAAGACAAAAAAAUUAAGAAAAUUGCUUGUAAUGAAAUGUUCAAAUGUUAUUCAAAUUCAGGUUUGGCAGUUUGGGAAACAUAUCAAAAAAGGUUUGUACAAAUACAUUGCUGACUAUGUGACCGAUGAAAUGACAAAGUUAAUAAGCACAAGAUUUAAGAUGUCCAAUGUAAAAUUUGAGAAAAAGUGGGAAUGUGGACAAACAAAACCAGAGUUUGUUACAGGAUCGAAUAACUUUAGUGACGAGGAGGAUACAAUAUAUUACUGUGAGACCUGUACAACUACACACGAGUUUACAGAUGAAUGGUCUGAUCUACAACAUAGAAUAACUUAUUUCACCAACGAGGAAAUAAAUUUUACAAAGAUGGGGAUGGUUGCUCUGAAUAUUCUUACUGAUGUUUUAUACGACCUUUUAAAACCAGAUAAACAACAUCUACGUCCAAGGAGUGAUUGUGAUAUAACAUACUUGUACAGUGAGCACAGGAGACUAAACAAACAUAUUCCAACUAAUGGAUGGGGAGGGGUAUGGAACGCUCUUAAAGUUACAGACAUAGCUAUUGGAGAUGAUAUUGAGCGCAUAAGACUAACAAGGAAUGAUCUACAACACUCAGGGGAAUUUGAACUUGGAGAUACACGUUUUAAUGAGUUGUGUAACAUAUUAAGUGAUCUUUUAAAACGGUUUGAUCAAUGUAACAAACCAGCAAGGCUUUAUACAGAUCACCUGAAUGCAAUUUUAACUAAAACCAUUUCUGCCGAGGAAGUUGAUGAAAUAUUAGGAAUGGAUAUUGAAGUUGAAUUUAUUCCAACACAGUAG